UCCGCUCGUCUUAAGCGGUCCUAAGUGAACAAAAAGUGGUCGAACGCGUUUCAGUCUGGGGUGUUUAACGCAAAUAAAGUGGCAAUGUGGGACUUCAGCGUACCCGUGUGUGUUGAUGACCUGCUGAAGACUGGAGGUGUUAACCAGUAUGUGGUUCAGGACGUGCUGUCGUCCAAACAGAUCCCUGUCUUCCUCCACAACUUCAAGGCAGCACUUAGGAGUCAGGGCCCACUUUGUAUCCUGGAGCACUUUGACACUCCAUUCAGUGUCUUACGGCAUUUCCAGUCUUUAGAUUUGGCUGUUAAAGAAGACACUCUGGAAUUACUUGUACAAGUGGUGAGCAGUUUGUCCGUGUCCCUGCCAUCUCUUUUGCUGUCUACCUCGCUGUCAGCUGUGGACAAGAAGCAGCAGCUAAAUGCUGUGAAGAUGAGUGUUUUCCUUCUCUGCAAACUUGCAGAGAGUCUAGAGAGUGACUCCUACAGGCAGAGUAUCAUCACUGCACCCAGCAAGGGCACUAAGAAGGGCAGAGCUAGUAAUGACACCCAGAUGCAGUGGGACACUGAAAGGGAGACUGUGCUCCAAGCCCUUGCUCAGUUGCUUCAGUUGGAUAUCAGAUCUUUGUGGAGUCUCUCCCUGGUUGAGGAGGAGUUUGUCAGCUGUGUGACGUGUUGCUGUUAUAAGCUCCUGGAGAACCCCACCAUCAGCCAUGUAAAGAGCAAGCCCACCAGGGAUGCCAUCAUCCACCUGCUUGGGGUGCUGAUCAAGAAGUACAACCACUUGCUGGGUGCCAGUGUGAAGGUGAUCCAGCUGCUACAGCACUUUGAGCAGCUCUCCUCCGUGUGUGCUCAAGCAGUCUCCGUCUGGUGCACUGAGUAUGGUGUCAAAGCCAUCGUCGGGGAGGUCAUGAGAGAGAUUGGGCAGAAGCCAAGCGAGGAGCUGAAUAGGGAGGGCUCAGGUGUCAAGGCGUUCUCUUGCUUCCUGUCAGAGCUCAGCACUCUGGUGCCAGAAACCAUGAUCCCCAACAUCAGUGUGCUGCUUACACACCUGGAAGGGGAGAGUCCCAGCCUGCGUGUGGCUGUGUGCGAGGUGCUUGGAGAGGUGCUGGUGCGUGUGCUAAGUGGGGAUGGUUUGAAUGAAUCGGGCCGAACCGACAGGGACCGUUUCCUGGACACUCUGCAGGAGCACCUGCAUGACACACAUUCCCAUGUGAGGUCCCGCGUGCUACAGGUCUACGCACGGAUUGUUAAUAGCAAGGCUCUGCCUCUGUGCAAAUACAAUCAAGUCAUGACCCUCGCUGUUGGGCGGCUAAUGGACAAGUCUGUUAACGUCUGUAAGAGUGCCAUCCAGCUUCUGGCUGCGUUCAUUGCUCACAAUCCUUAUAGCUGCAAGUUGAGCAGUGCUGACCUUAAGAAGCCAUUAGAGAAGGAGACUGCUAAACUCAGGGAACUGAGGGAAAAGAGAAAAGCAAAAAAUCCUGUGCCUGUGAUAGAAGCUGGGGAGCUUUGGGCAGCCAUGGAGCCUGAGCUGCUGCAGACCACCAGAGCAGAAAUGGUGCUGGCCAGUGAAGAUGGGGAAUGUGACAAGGAUGGAGAUCAAGAAAUUAAUGCUGAUGAAAGUGACAAAGCCACUGCUUUAAAAAUUGUACAGUUCCUCAGAGUCAACAAAUACAGGCAAGCCAUAAAGCUCUGUGUCCGAGCCCACAGUGUGUUUCCCAAGUCUCAUCUCUUCUCUGGCCUCUCCCCACUCACCACAGAGUCUGUUAUGGACAUGCUGGCUUUACUCUUCAAAGGGCCAGAAGAGUCUUCCCUGGAACCUCAGGAUCAGCAGCCCCUUGCUGAGGAGGAUAACGAGGGUGGGCAGUCAGAGGUAGAAGAAAAUGAGCUGAAGAAACAGGAGAUGCUUGUCCAGUACCUGAGAGACACAGAGAGCUUUGUCCUGCAGGUUGAGAAGGCCAUUGCAGUCAUCAACACUAUGUUGUACUGGAAGACCACCACUGUGGUGCAGGAGGCGAUACAGUUCUGCGUGACUGUGUGUGAGUUCAGUGUGGCUCACUCCCUUUCGGGGGUGCGGAAGAUGCUGCCAUUGGUGUGGUCUACAGAUGUAGCAGUAAAGGAUGCUGUCGUGCAGGCCUACAAGAGGCUGUACCUCAAUCCACAGGGCGAUACAGCCAGGGUAAAGAGUCUUACUCUGGUGAACAGCCUGUCUGAGCUGAUGGUGGAUGCCUCACUGGGGACUAUCCAGUGUCUAGAAGAGAUAGUGCAGGAGUUCUUCAGCGGUGGAAGUGCCCUGCAAUGCAGUGUGGUCCAGGUGCUGUGGGAGCGUUUCACUGGCAAACAGGAGAGCUCAGCCCUGCAUCGCCGUGCUGCGGUACUUCUGUUGGGAAUGGCUGCACGAGCUGAGAGGGAGGUGGUACUCAGUAACCUGGACACAUUGUGUUGUGUGGCUCUCGGUGAGAAAGUAACUGAAGACUUCCUUCUGGCCAGAGAUGCAGUCGUCACAAUCUCUAGCAUUACAGAUCAAAACAGGUCGAGUAAAGGUGCACCGCCUUUCAGACUGCCGCAGGACCACCAGCUGUUUUCCUGUCUCACCCAGGCGAUAGCUGAAGGUAUAGUAAUGACCGACCCCUACUGGCACACUUUCAUGGAACAAGCUGUGCGUCUUAUCUACAAUUUAGCUGAGUCGCCUGACCAGCUCUGCUCCCGCCUCCUUCAGCGCUGCUCACGCCUCCUUUUGGACCAAAUUACUGAGCGAGAGCAGGGAAAUAGGGACUCUUUCCAGGGAGCAUCUCAGAGUGCAUCCCAGAGCGAUGAGGAGCAGGAGGAACAAAUUAGUUGUGUGUCACUGGCCCAGCUGUUUGCCCUUUGUGGCUGUGUGGCCUUCUGGCAAGUUUCCUACCUGGAGCGCAGUGUUAGUGCUGAGCUGCGCAGGAGAAGAGGCGCGAAGGAGGAGAACGACCCUGCUCUUAAGGCCAAACAAGCUUCCAGUGACAGUUGUAUGGAGGAGGAACUGGGAUUAGUGGGUGCUUCAGCUGAAGACACAGAGGCAGAGCUCAUCCGCAAGAUCUGUGAAACUGAACUUUUGGCUGAGGAGAAUCUGUUGUCUGCCUUCCUGCCUCUGCUGAUAAAAGUGUGCAGUUCCCCAGGGCGGUACUCUCACCCGCAGCUCACCACAGCUGCCUGCCUUGCAUUGGCACAGUUCAUGAUGAUAAGUCCUACCAUUUGUGAGGAGAAUAUUCGGCUUCUCUUCACUGUUCUGGAGAAGGCCUCGCUGCCUGUCGUCAGAUCCAACACCCUAAUCGCCCUGGGUGACCUCACUGUCCGCUUCCCCAAUAUUUUGGAGCCCUGGACUCAGAACUUGUAUGCCAGGCUGAAUGACGACAGCCCCUCAGUUCGGCAAACAGCAGUGACCGUUCUAACUCAGCUGGUCCUGAAAGAUGUACUUAAGGUGAAGGGUCAUGUGAGUGAGGUGGCUGUUUUACUCAUCGAUGCCCAGCCUGACAUUGCCAACCUGGCCCUCAACUUUUUCAAUGAGCUUGCCUCCAAGGACAAUGCCAUCUACAACCUACUCCCUGACAUCAUUAGUCGUCUGUCAGACCCCGAGCGAGGAAUGAACAAGGAGGACUUCCACACUAUCAUGAAGCAACUGUUCUCCUACAUCACCAAGGAGAAGCAGACGGAGAGCCUGGUGGAGAAACUGUGCCAGCGCUUCAGGACAGCAAAGACAGAGAGGCAGUGGUGCGAUCUGGCUGUGUCCCUCUCCUUACUCUCUAUGUGUGAGAGGGGCUUCAAGCGCCUUCAAGAGUGCUGGGAGUGUUACAGUGACAAGUUGUCUGACCCUGACGUCUACCAGCCCCUGCUAUCCAUAGUGACUCGUCUGCGACGUGGGGCCAAGCCUCAGUUCAAGACCCAGGUGGAGGAGUUUGAGAAGAAAUUGACUGCAGUACACACAAAAGGCUUGGAAAACGUGGAGAGCCGGGAGAUGGAAGAACGGUUGGAGGCUGGCGUAGGUGAAGCAGAGCAAGGGCCAUGCACACCAGCAGCUGUGGGUAGACGUGCCCGCAGGCCAACUCGAGGUAAGGGGAAGGCCUCCACUUCCAACCACGACACCAGUGACUUUGUGACUCCCAAGCUGCGACGCAAACCACACAAGAAAACACUUAUCACAUUCAGCAGUGAUGAGGAAGAUGAUGAGGUUCUACUGGCAGAGAACGAGACGCCUAAGGUCACCACACCCAUUUCCCGUUGUUCUCGACGAACACGGCUCAGACACUGAGCCUUUGUUUGAGCACUUUUUUUAAAAAAAAAAAAAAACUUUUUUUUUUCUUUUAGUUUUUUAAAUGUGGCUCAGUCUGUCAUCUUGUUCUUCCUAUAUCAUUAUCUUAAUUGUUAGUUUCUGUAAUAAAAUUGCAGGCUUUUAUGAACUCUUGUGCUGAUUUUCAUGAAUUGAUUUUCACUUUCCCAAAUGUUUUAGA